AGGAGCGGCAGCAGUCGACUCACAGCGGUGAAGACACCAUGCACAGAUGGUUGGAAAUAACGAACAGGCAAGUCACUGAAGGAGGCGUUUGCAGCUAUAGACGCUCCCCGGGUUACGCAAGAUCCGACUAAAGCAAAUUCGACCUUAUGCAAAAAUUUUCAUAAGGCAUAAAUAAAAUGUUCGAGUUGCAGAAAAUAUUGCGUAACAUACAGGAACGCAAAGUACUGUAGUGCGGUGUGCAGAGUAAUACAGCAGUAGCAUCUCCUACAAGGGAAGGCGUUGUGCUCUCACAGCCUCUCAGUCUCGUGUUAUUUCAGUGAUACUGUAUUUCUAUUAUUUCACCCUGUUAUUUCAUUCAAAUCAUGCCUGGAAAGCGAUCAAGUGAUAUCAUGAGUGCAGGACCAGUUCGUAAGCGAAAGAAGAUUGAUUUAGAGCAGAAAAUGAAAAUAGUGAAAAAGUAUGAAGGCGGACAAAGCCUGUCGUCAAUUGCUCGUGAACUCGAUUUAGCUACCUCAACAGUGAAAAGUAUUUUGAAUGAUAGUGCACGCAUAAAGGAACACGUGAAAGGCUCUGCUCCUUUAAAAUCAACAGUCAUAACGAAGCAGCGUUCUGGCGCUAUCUAUGAAAUGGAAAAGUUAUUAACAAUAUGGAUGGACGAUCAGAUUCAAAAACGUGUGCCGCUUAGCCUCAUGAUUAUUCAAGCAAAGGCUAAAAGUAUUUUCGAAGAUGUAAAGGGAAAAUACAGUGAUCCUAACGCAAAGUUUGUGGCUAGUCAUGGGUGGUUUAAUAGAUUUAAACAACGUGCAAAUUUUCACAAUGUAAAAGUGAGUGGCGAGGCUGCUAGUGCUGAUACAAAAGUAGCUGAAAAGUAUCCCGAAGUGUUACGAAAACUUAUAGAAGAAUAUGGUUAUACAGCACAACAAAUCUUUAAUGUCAACGAAACUGGAUUGUUUUGGAAAAAAAUGCCAGACAGAACUUACAUUUCAAAAGAGGAAAAGACGACGCCAGGGUUUAAGGCUGUGAAAGAUAAGCUAACGCUUUUGCUUGGGGGUAAUGCAGCUGGAGAUUGCAAAUUGAAACCAUUGCUUGUUUAUCAUUCAGAAAAUCCCCGUGCGUUUAAAGGCAUUAGCGAGGUUAACCUUCCAGUUCAUUUCCGUUCAGAUCGAAAGGCUUGGAUCACAAUGGCACUUUUCGAAGACUGGUUUAUAAAUUUGUUUAUCCCCGAAGUGGAAAAAUUCUGCAGAGAAAACGACAUCCCGUUCAAGAUUAUGCUUAUCGUCGAUAAUGCUCCUGGAUAUCCUGCACAUUUAGAUGACUUUCACCCUAAUGUAAAAGUCGUGUUUCUGCCUCUUAACAAGACUUCGAUCCUACAGCCCAUGGCUCAGGGGGUCAUUGCUAAUUUUAAAGCCUGUUAUCUACGAAGAACAUUUGCACAAGCAGUCGAAGCAACAGACAGAGAGACUGGGAAGACUCUAUAUGAUUUUUGGAAAUCGUAUAACAUUUACCAAGCCAUCAUAAACAUUGCUAAGGCCUGGGAAGAGGUUACCCAAAUUUGUUUGAAUGCCGUAUGGAAGAAAAUGUGCCCACAGUUCGUACACAGCUUUAAAGGUUUUGAAAAAGACAAAACAUACGAGGAGGUGGCAGAUGAAAUUGUGAAGCUUGCCGAGCAGCUUGAGCUGGAGAUUGAUGUUGGUGAUGUAGAUCAGUUUAUCGAAUCCCAUGGAGAUGAAUUAUCAAAUGAGGAUCUCAUGGAAUUAGAAGCAGCAAAAGUAAAAGAACAGACUGAAGCUGAGGAUGAAGUUGAAGUAGUAGAAGAGCCACGACACUUCAACACCAAGGAGAUGGCACUUGCAUUUCAUGAGAUUGACUCUGCACUGGCAAGGUUUGAGAAGAUGGACCCCAAUUCCUCACGAUUCUUGAAAGUAAACAGAGGCAUUGACGAAACGCUGGCCUGUUAUAGACAGAUAUAUGAAGAGAAGAAAAAGGCCACCAUCCAGUUGUCUUUCAAUAAGUUUGUAAUGAAGACUGAACAGCCUGCAACGUCUACAUCUCCACAGCCUUCCACUGCCAAAGCCCCCUCUGACAACCCAAUGAUGUAAUGCCUGUCUCCUCCUCUCCUUCCUCAUCUACAAAUUAAGCCCAUUGUCAUCUACCACCAAAAUGGAGCCUUCAGUGUGCCAGGAUAACAAUAGGAUUAAGGUAAAUGUAAUAUUUUUGUUGAAAUUGUUUGUUUGUUUUUUAUGCUUGCACAAUAUACAUUUCAGACUUACGUAAAAUCUAGGUUACGCAAGGCUUUCUGGAAUGGAACAGUUGCGUAAGUUGGGGAGCAUCUGUUUUAAUAAACCAACAAAGUGGAAUGUAACAUUCAUGUGAUCUUUAUAAAAUGCCUUUUAUAAUAAACAGUGCUAUGUGAGAGGGGGGCGACAACAAUCUCCCCCUGACACACCGGAAGAAAGACAUUUCGAAGGCAGCAGGGUGCAGAAGUUUGACAAGAGACACUGGCCAUUGCAUAAUCCUUUUGUAUCUUCAGUGGACUUUAAUUACAUCUCACCUAUUCCCACUUUUAUAAAGACUGAAUUUUAGCAGGCGUGUUUUUUAACCUGUCUGGCUCUCAUGCCCUUUAGGACACUACCAGAGCUUGAAAGUUCAGGAGUUUUUUAAAUAACUUUAACAAUCAAACAAACUGCAACAGGAAUAGAAAAAGAGGCCCUUAUCUGACCUGUAGUCUUGUGUUUCCUUUUGCAUCAGAAUAGUAGCUACACGAUGGUUUGAGUGGUUCAUCUGGGCUUUUGAUUCCAGCUGGUCCUUCUUCCUAGUAUUCUCACACCUCUGACUGCACACACAAGUCUUUAUAAGCUGCCUCCACAGUGUGGCAGACUUGUCUGAGCUCUGUUUGGAUCUGGCUGAUCCUCUCCAUUAUCUCCGAGAGCUCUUGGAGCUUAUCCUGCAUUUGCUUGUUAUGGCGAUCGUAAAUGAGAAACAUGCUUUCCUCCAGCUUCUCCGCCAAACUUGAAACCUUUUGGAGUGCAAGGAAAGACGAGCCUUAGGGAUUAAAAUGGACCAGAGGCUGAUGGCCUGAAUAUUAAGGGUUGCAUUGGUCCCCCUGUUUCUAGAGUAACGGGAUGCAACUACUAUUGAUUUCAGUGGGUGCUCUGCCAUGUUGGGAUGGGGCUGAGUCUUGCCCUAAACGUGACUUCUUUUCAUGAGUUUUAGACAGAAUGGACUAAAACUGAUCUCUGCAUAAAUGUAAAUGCUUCCUGCACCAUCUUCUGAAAGCAUCUGGACCUGGCUGUGUGGGAGCCAGGAUAUUGACUCAAGGGACUGCUAGACUGGGCCAGGCUGGCAGUUCCUAUGCAGACCCCAGCCCUGCAGCUGGUCCAUGCAGCAGUUCAGUGCAACUCCAUGAGGAUCUGCCAUCAUGGAUCUGAAUGCAGGAGUGGGAUCUUCAUGGGUCAUACAAGAGGAUUCUGGCCUACUAGAGGCCACGUGCCCCAGAGACCAGGGCACUGUCUGGACUGCAUUUCAGGACCCCUAGGUUCUAUUCCCAACUCUCCCAGGAGUUAGGUGGCUAGCAUGAUUUUCAAAAGCCCCAAGCUGCAUUUUUAGGGAUCCUAAAUACUUUUGAAAAUCUGGCCCAAAGCUUUAAUGGCAGCCUCAGCAAUGGUAAGGCGGAAAUAACUUCCCAAAGGCAUGGAAUGUGUGACAGUCAGAUGUGCUGAGCUGCUGCUGGUAGAGGCCAUGAUGAAGUUUUGCGAGUGCCAGUGUGAAAUGGGAGACGUGUUGGUUUCUGCGUCUUUUGGAGAUGCAAGUGGAAACCUUAUGGCGUUUUGGAGUGCAUUAAGACAACAGCAAUCAGAAGGUGGUAAAUAAUUCAAAUUUCUUUCCUCUUAGCUCCGUGCUUUGAAGGCACUUGCAUAAAAUGAAGCUUUGGUUUGUUGUUCCAUUUGCAUAAUAAUCCCUAGUUUUUAUCAGUAGAUCUCAAAGUAUGUUACAAAGGAGGUCAGUAUCAUUAUCCCCAUGGGGAAACUGAGGCACAAAGAGGUGAAGUCACUUGUCCAAGGUCACCCAGCAGGCCAGUUGCAGAGCCACAAAUAGAACCUUGGUCUCCUGGGUCCUAGUCCAGUAGUGUAUCCUAUGAGCCACACUACCUCUCUUCAUAAUAAUAAAUAUCUCACACUCAUAUAUAGCACCUGGGAAGCCUGGGUUCUAUUUCCAGCUCUUCCACGGGCCUGCUGGGUGAGCAUUGACAAGUCAUGUUGACCUGUGCCUCCGUUUCCCCAUUUUACAAUGAUUCUGACCAUUUGUAAGGUGCUUUGAGCUCUAUGAAUGAAAAGUGCUAGAUAAGAGCCAGGUGUUCUUAUAUAUAUUACAUGUUAAGGUGCCACAAGUACUCCUUAUUCUUUUUGCUGAUACAGACUAACACAGCUACCACUCUGAAACGUUCAAGUGUGUGUCUGAUUUUAUAACGGAAAGCUCCCUGCUGCUGCAUUAUUUUUCUCUACAUUUAUGUAAAGUGUGCUCCGAAGCAUCUGAUUUAAUGCCUCAGAGACAUGGAGGACACUCAGAUUGGUGAUCUGUGACUGAUGCAGUUAGAAUAACAUGAUUAAAAUACAUUAAAUAAACAUUCUGUGAGUGCACAA